CUGGGCUUCAUCUAGGAGUUGCAUCGUCUCGUUGCAGUCAUCAUGUUCUUCUGCCUUCUCUUCCUAAAUGUUAUUUCAACCCUACCGACCACCAGUUACGCUCUCUCGUGUACCUGGUGUGGAUCUUGGUCUUCCUCUACAUGCUCUGACUCUGGCUUAAGAAUGGUUUGUUCUCCUGGCGAAGUGUGUGGAUCGACAUACGCAGAAAUCACCACUAAUGGUGAGAUAACGGAUAUAUUUUUCAGAAGAGCAUGUGUAGUUCAAGAUGAUUGUGACUUCAAGGGAAAUCGUGACCUAUAUGGAACAACAUACAGUGUGGCCACUACCUGCUGUUCCACUGAUGGCUGCACUCCUCCUGUUCCUACAUUAUUACCCAGCAGCGAUGAGCCCAAUGGUCUGACGUGUCCAUCCUGCGUGCCUAAUAAUGUCACCAAGUGUAACGCUUCAGAAACUGUAACGUGCACCGGAAAUGAGACUGUCUGUUUUUUUGUGGAAAUGAAAGGAACAACAGGAGAAGUCGCAAAUAUGUGGGGGUGCGCAACUCAGAGCUACUGUGUCCAUGUGGCCAAUGAGGAUAUCAAGAUACUUCAUGCUACAGGAAUAGCCCAGACUAAUUAUAUCUGUUUCCGUGGUUUAAUCAGUGUCCAAAACUACAUCCAGACUCCGGCUAUUAUUUCAACCCGCUCCAGUGGAGGCAUCAGAGUCCAGAAAGUCGUCCUGACUCCGGCCGUCGUGUGUCUUCUACUGCUGACGUGGCUUUUCUAGAAGAUGUACAGGUCCAUGUGGCCGAUGCUGAUGUUCCCGUAGUUGUCAGAUCGUAAUUUGUCACAAUGCAAUUUAGUUGCAUGGAAAAUAAAUAAUGGAAACCAGCAUUGGCGUCUGGUUUCCGUUAUUUUGGACAGAAACAAAAGUCCUGCGGACCGUUAUUUAUUCUCCCUUCAUCUAUAUUAGGACGGAUUAAAACGGACAGUGUUCUUUUUGGUUUCCAUGAUAGCAAUUCCGUUAUUGUCUGUAAUAAGCAUAUUAUAACGGAAUGCUAUAAUAGAAAUAAAAACGGUUAUCAUUCACGCCCUUUCUGUAAUAUAUAAUGCUAGAUGUUCCUGGGGCGAUGGCCUUGCCCACAACCUGCCCUCUCCAUGCCCCCUUAUCGGAAACUGGCGAGAGCGGCAUAAAAAUGCCAAUUGAGACUAAAUCUAGUUGCUAUGUUUUUUUCAAAAUUCGCAAAACCGGGUUUAUGGCUUUUUAACUUCAAAUCCAUUGCGUGGAUGAUACAUGUGAAUAAAAGUGAAUGAUCCCCUCAGUGACUUAAGAUCUGGCUACGAUAAAACUUCCUAUAUCCUUGUUAUGAGUUAUGCCAUGAAGGGGUUACUACAAGAUAAAUAUUCUGCAGUUUAAAAUCAACGCCUGGAUCUGAACAGUUUUGUAAUUGUCUGUGGUUAAAAAAUGUGCAUAACCACUAAGUUUUUCAAUUAAAUGUAUCAGUA